UGGAGCGGGCGGGCGCGCAGGCGCCGAGCCCAGCCCAGCCCAGCGCAGGCCGAGGCCGAGGCUGAGGCCGCCGGCCCCGCCGCUGCCCGGGAGCGGGGCUCCGAGGGCCCGGGGCCGCUGCUCCGGCCGGAGGAUGAGCUGGUUCAACGCCUCGCAGCUGUCCAGCUUCGCCAAGCAGGCGCUGUCUCAGGCCCAGAAGUCCAUCGACCGGGUGCUGGACAUCCAGGCCGAGGAGAGCCCCUGGCCCGACGCCGUCAUCCCCGACUACAGCGAGGGAACAAAUUCUCUCAUAAGUGGAGGAUGGGAUACAUCUUCCUGGGGUCUAAGUUCAAAUGCAGAACCACAGAAUCAGCCAAUAUCGCCAACAGCAAUCACCAAACCAGUGAGGAGAACGGUAGUAGAUGAAUCUGAAAACUUCUUCAGUGCCUUUCUCUCUCCAACAGACGUUCAGAAUAUACAGAAAAAUCCAGUGGUGUCCAAACCUCCAGCCAAAUCACAGCGACCCAAAGAGGAGGUGAAAAGCACUUUACAGGAGGCUCAGCACCCCAGUCAGCUGGAAGUACCUGUGACGACAGAGGCAGAAGUGAAGGAUUCCUCUGCAGCUGGCCUAGUGGACUUGAAAAACCUUGAUAUUCCCAAGGAGGAACCAGAAGAGAAUUCUGUGCUCAGUGCCAAGCAUGAAGAAAGCACGGAUGAGGUUCCUGACAAAAAGGUGUCUGCUCUAAAUCUGAAAGAACCUGAAGAUGCGCUCAGUGAAAAAUCCAGCGCAGGGGAGGAUGGAACGGGAGGUGGAACGGGUAGCACUUCACAGUCUCUUAAUGCAGGUACAAAAGACGUGGGUUUGGAACCUAAGGAGCAAAAAACUGAGGACAGGCAAAGCAAUACGCCGUCACCUCCAAUUAGCACAUUCUCUUCGGGGACAUCCACAACGAGUGAUAUUGAGGUUUUGGACCACGAAAGUGUAAUAAGUGAGAGCUCAGUAAGUUCGAGACAAGAAGCUGCAGAUUCAAAAUCCAGUCUCCACCUAAUGCAGACAUCAUUUCAGCUUUUAUCUACGUCUGCCUGCGCGGAUUAUAAUCGUUUAGAUGACUUUCAAAAAAUGACCGAGAGCUGCUGCUCCUCGGAUGCUUUUGAAAGAAUAGAUUCGUUUAGUGUACAGUCAUUAGAUAGUAGGAGUGUCAGUGAGAUCAAUUCAGACGACGAAUUAUCAGGCAGGGCUUGUACUUCAGCAUCUGUCACUGUCAGUCCUUCUGCACCGAAGACAGAAACGGUUGAUGCCCUGAAAAGUAAAUCUGAAGAUCUAAAUGACAGUCCCGUGUUACAUGCUGAGGAAGCUGAGAUGGAAGAGAGUGGCAGAAGUGCGACCCCUGUUAAUUCCGAGCAGCCAGAUGUUUUGGUUACUACCGUGCAAACUGAUGAAGAACAGGUUGUGAAAGAGGAGACUGAGCCACAGCAGGAUGUUGGUGAAAAGUUGCUGGAAGAGGACUCUGAAAAGCAAGAGCUUAAAAAGAUGAUUGAUUCAUUAACAGAGAAGCUGGAGAAGAGAGAAACACAGUUAUUAAGUACAAGUAAAGAAAAGGCGCGCCUGGAAGAAGCUUAUGAUAACCUAAAAGAUGAAGUGUUCAGAAUGAAAGAAGAGACCAGUAGCAUUUCGUCUCUUAAAGAGGAGUUUGCUCAGCGAAUAGCGGAUGCUGAAAAGAAGCUCCAGCUUGCGUGCAAGGAAAGAGAUGCAGCUAAAAAGGAAGUAAAGACUGUUAAAGAAGAAUUGGCUACUAGACUUAAUACUAAUGAAACUGCUGAAUUACUGAAAGAAAAAGAAGAGCAAAUCAAAGGAUUGAUGGAGGAAGGAGAAAAGCUUUCCAAACAGCAGCUACAGAAUUCCAACGUGAUUAAGAAAUUAAGAGCAAAGGAGAAAGAAAGAGAAAAUAUUAACACAAAGCAGAACAAAAAGAUCAAGGAACUGGAAGAAGAGUUGCAACAUUUAAAACAGGUACUUGAUGGCAAGGAAGACCUUGAGAAGCAGCAUCGAGAUAAUAUUAAACAACUGAACAGUGUUGUUGAGAGACAAGAAAAGGAUCUUGCUAAGCUUCAGGCAGAAGUGGAAGACCUUGAAGAACGGAACAGAAGCGUGCAGGCAGCACUCGACAGUGCGUACAAGGAACUUGCUGAUCUUCAUAAAGCUAAUGCUACAAAGGACAGUGAGGCACAAGAAGCAGCCCUAAGUCGGGAAAUGAAGGCAAAGGAAGAGCUUGGGUUAGCUCUGGAGAAGGCCCAGGAUGAGGCACGACAGCAACAAGAAGCUUUGGCAAUUCAGGUGUCAGACCUGAGGCUAGCGCUGCAACGUGCAGAACAGCAGGCAGCGAGAAAAGAAGAUUAUUUACGCCAGGAAAUCAGUGAACUACAACAGAGACUCCAGGAAGCAGAAAGCCGGAACCAAGAACUAAGUCAAAGUGUUACAUCUGCUACGCGACCACUUCUCCGGCAGAUAGAAAAUUUGCAAGCCACACUGGGAGCACAAACUUCUUCAUGGGAAAAAUUGGAAAAGAACCUUUCUGACAGACUUGGUGAGUCUCAAACUCUUCUAGCAGCAGCUGCUGAGAGAGAACGGGCUGCUACAGAAGAGCUUCUGUCUAAUAAAAUUCAGAUGUCUUCUACUGAGUCUCAGAAUAGUCUUUUAAGGCAAGAAAAUACUCGCCUUCAGGCUCAGCUGGAAGUGGAGAGAAACAAAUUGAAGAAAAUGGAAGAUGAAAACAGUAGGUAUGAGGUUGAACUAGAAGGACUCAAAGAUGAAUAUGCAAAAACCUUGGAAGAUGCAAAGAAAGAAAAGACGCUGCUAACUACUCAGUUAGAAAUGGAGAAAAUGAAGGUUGAACAGGAAAGAAAGAAGGCCAUUCUUGUGCAAGAAGCAGCAAAGGAGAAGGAUCGGAAGUCAUUUACAGCUGAAACAGUUUCAAGCACUCCGAGUAUUUCACGUUCUAGUUCCAUAAGUGGAGUUGACAUGGCAGGUCUUCAGACAUCUUUCCUCUCACAGGAUGAUUCUCACGAUCACUCAUUUGGGCCAGUAGCUGCUAGUGGGAGUAAUCUUUAUGACGCUAUAAGGAUGGGAGCAGGUUCAAGUAUAAUUGAAAACCUUCAAUCACAGCUAAAACUAAGAGAAGGAGAGAUUUCACAUCUACAGCUGGAAAUAGGGAACCUUGAAAAAACUCGAUCAAUAAUGGCAGAAGAAUUGGUUAAAUUAACAAAUCAAAAUGAUGAACUUGAAGAAAAAGUGAGAGAAAUACCAAAAUUGCGUGCACAGUUAAAGGACUUGGAUCAAAGAUACAAUACAAUUCUUCAGAUGUAUGGAGAGAAAGCAGAGGAAGCUGAAGAACUACGAUUAGAUCUGGAGGAUGUGAAAAACAUGUACAAGACUCAGAUAGAUGAACUUUUAAAGCAAAGACAAAAUUAACUCCUGCUGGAACUCUUACUAUUGUAACAGAUUGUAUAGAUAAUUGUUUAUGUAAAUGCUGAAUUUAAAUGUCUUGUAAAAAAAAAAACAACUGUAUGAUAGAAAAUGUCUAUAUAAUAAGUUCAUAUGUUAAAAAAAUCAAUGCUUUAAGUGUCUUGUACUGUCUGCAGUUAAAUUAUUUGUGCAAUAUUUAAAUUUUUUUAAGUCAUCUCUGUAUUUAAGUUUUUACUAAACGAUGGACCAUUUUACUUGUAAACAGUAGUGAGAGAGAUGACCGUGACCUCCUGAGACAGCACUGGAAGGUAUGAGUUUCACUAAAGCAGCCCUUCAUUUGUAAACUUUGCAUACCCGUGAAAAAUAUUAGAAGUCUUUCUAAACAUGUUCGUAAUACAAGUUUUUCUAAAAUCUCGCUGGCUAACUUUUAAUAACAAAAUAGUAGUGGCUUGCUGUCUGAAACAUAAUUGAUGGAUAUUUUUAUGGAAGGAAAAUCUUAUAUUUGUACUUGCAGUGUCUGAACAUGAUAGGACAAUAGUUCUAUAGUAUAAAAUAGUCAUCUAAAUUCAAUUUUUUUCAAAGUCCUCUAAAGCAGAGUGUAACACUUAAGAUGAAGUUGUAAUUUAUAAAGUUUCAUCUGUCUAUUGUUUGUGUUGUAUCUCAUGAGCUGUCUAGACAGCUGCUCUGCUUGUAAUUCUAAAUGUGGUUAAAUUUUAACAUCAAAAAUACAAGUAUUCAAUAUUUGCUCUAGGGUUGGAUGCUGACUUCUAGCAGUAGCUAAAACGGUUCAGAAGAAUGCUGAAAAAUAUUUUAAUGAAAUAAUUGCUGCUCUCAUAAUCGUUCCCGGUAUAUAAAUAACAAGGUUUAGACUUUGGCAAAACUGUUCUGUGGCUUAAUAUAGUUUUCAAGCAAGUCUCCAGUGGCUGCAAAGCAUUUCUCAUGCCAUUCUUUAAGUAAGGUAUUGGUUAAAUAGCAUCCACGUGGCUUGACAUUUAGCUGCGUUUUGGGUCAUGUCAGAGGAAACUUUUGAAUUGGACCCUUGGGAAUGCUGAGAAUCGGGGGAAGAAGCUUGCAUCUUCCUCUGCAUUCCAGACAGCAAAUAUUUCACUUCAUCUCAGAAUUGUGGCUGCAAUAGGCACUCAUGUGAAAUACUCUGCAGUUUAAAUUCUUUGCCUAUCAUGCUGUUGCCUCCACAGCGAGGGGUUUCGUUUGCAUCUGUUUGCAUUGUAACUUGUGUUAGAGAGCUCUGUUCCUGCUUGUGUGUUCAGUGGACAGAAAGAGACAAAGGAUGUGAGUGAUGAGAAGCUGCUUUUGGAGAAAAGCCUCUCAGUAAUAUAAUUCAUCUGCCUGUGAAAGAUUUAUUCCUUAUUAGGAGAACAGUUAAGUCACUGGAUUUACACAAGAGAGGGUAAGUUUGUGGAACAACCUAGUGCAGUGUGACAUUCAGACAUUCUGAGGAUUUCAAUAAAUCAAUAGAGCAAAAACACUAAAAAUUCCCUUAACUCCCCAUCUGUCACAGAAAUUUUAACUUCCCUAAAUAUAGGACUGCUUUCUUUUUUUGGGUGGUGAUGGGCAGAAUCUACACUCUUAUUGUCUUAGUUUCAGUUUUGGAAACCAAGGUAAAACCAUUUUGUUAAAAAACAGAAUUUAAAACCUUGCCAUCAUAUUGAAGUGUACUUGGCAUGCUUUAAAUUUCAGAGGGAAAAAAAAAGCAACUGAAAACAUUUGUUUGAACUUACUGACUUGUGGCAUAUUAAGUCAGAAUUAUGAUGUACACCUGUUAGAAGCUCAUCUAUUUCUUGAAAAACAAAAUGCAACAAAACAAACCUGUUUCAUGAAGAUUAAUGUUUAGAAAUUUUGUUUGUUUUCUAUUGCAGUGAAUCAAUAAAUCACUUUCACUUUUUUUUUUUUUUAAUAAUCUUGGUACACAAAUGGAGCACUUUCAAAAAAAAAUCGUUUCAUUUGGACUGAUUAUUAGUGCCAGUGUUUUUGAAGGUAACAUUUCCUUUGUAAUGUGUGAGUAGAUGCUCCUUAAGGGCUGGCACAGGUGCAGGUUUGAGUGUGUCUCAGACUAUCUUGGGUUUUCAGGAAGAGCUUGGGUAAAUGUGAAAUUUUAACAUGCAGUCAGCAUUAACUGUUUUAGAUAUAAAGCCUUUUGUCAGAAUAUUAGACUUGUAUAUUUUACAAAAGUAGACGUUAAUACCUGCACCAACUAUUUUUGGAUUCUUAUAUCCUCCCUCAGUGCAACCUUUACUAUCAUGUGGAGCGGCCUACUCUCUUAAUCAAAGCCUUAGAAAACCAAGUAGCUGUUAGAAGGUAAUGUAGACUUCCAAGUAUUCUGUUUUGAUCAUCUUUGACAUAGUUCUUUCUGGCUUGUUUUGAGGAAAUGUUAAGAUUAACGUGUACUAGGAUCUGGGCACAUUGCUAUGACAGAUUGCCUAGAAGGAAAUAACAUGCAAAAGGAAAGAAUUUAGGUCAGAAUACUGACAUCCACUACCAUUUAAAUUUGUUACUUUUUAAUCUACUUCUUGGGGAAAUGGCUAAUUUACACCUCAUUCUCACUGCCUAGGCCAGUACAAAGAAAUACUGUUUAAAAGCUUACUCAAAGUAUACUGUUACUUUCUCAUCCUUGGUAGAUAAUGGAAAGGCAUCUGUUCAUGUGUGGGGGGAGGGGGGUUGGAUGAGGUACAGGCUACAUUGGUACAGGUUUCCCUGGGCAUGGUGUUAAUCCUUUAUGAACAAAGGAGCAAAUGUUAAGAAUCCUGUGUAUCCAUACAUUGUAGCAAGGGUUAGUUUUGUUAUUUUUUUUUCCUGUUACAACUUUGUUACACUUUAUGUAUGUUUUGCUAAGGGCUACAACGAUCCUUGAAACAGAAUGGUUUAUCACAUGGUGAAAAUAGAACCCUUGGUUUCUAAUUGUAAAAUGUGUAUAAACUGUAAAAAGCACGGGGCAGGGUAAAAUAAAAUUUUACGCUAAGAAUGUG